CGGAUAUAUCAAAACCUAGACGACGAGUCAAGUCAACAACAUACAUAAUAUGAAUGUGAUGAGAUACCAAAAUUUAAUGGUAGGAGAUGGCCUCUCGGAUCAUCAUCUCUACCCUUUUGCUUGCAAUGAACUGAGCUCCUUUAUAGAUCUGGGUUACUCUCGUUUACCCAAAGAUGUCAAAGCCUUCAUCUUCCGAGAUUGUCUCACCGCUUUUCGUCUUCUUCCCGACAUGAACACACCAGCUGCUAUUUCAGCCGCUAACCUUCUCCUGAAGAGCGUGGAAUCAGCAUUCCCAAAACAGAAAAAGAACUUAGCCAUUGUACAAUUUAAGCAGGCAAAAGUAGCACUUAAGAGACGCACUAAGAGCCAUGAGGAACAUAUAGAUACACCUUCACUUCCACAAGAUAUCCUUGUUCAGAUCUUCAGUCUCAUUAAUGUAUCAUCCUUACUUUCCUCAUCUCAAGUCUCUCGCUCAUGGAACCUAGCAACGUAUGAAGGCUCUCUGUGGCGAUCACUUUUUGACCUUCACUUCAAUUGCAAAAUCGAGAUUCAUAUUCAUCCCGGUUUUGACUGGAGAGAAGCUUUUAAGAACGAGUGCAUUGUGUAUAAUUCAGCAAAGAUGUUAAGAUCUGGUCGGGGAUACUGCAGUAACUGUGACACCGUUGUUUGGCAUGACAACUUUAAAUGUCCGAAGAAACAAUGUCAGUUUGAAUCAGGCAAGGAGCUACUCGACCCCAUGUUAACUCACCAGGUUGUUAACUAUUUACUGGGGAUAACUAGUUCGUCUGAUGAAAGUGAUUCGGUGGAAAGUGGUUCAGAGGAAAGUGGUUCGGUUGAAAGUGACUCGUUCGAAAGUGAUACGGACGAUGAGUCCGUUCCUGGACUAUGGGCUCGUCCUACGAAACACACAGAAAGGUUUCAUACUCUAUAGUUUCCUAGCCUAACCCAAUCAUCGUUUCUGUGUGUAAACUUUCUUAGGACAAAAAUCUAUUAUGGGACAAAUGACCCAAAACUAAUCUACAACAACCAAAAAAAUCUAUCAUAGACCAAAGAGUGUAAAAUGACCAUUUUACCAUUAAUGAGAGUUCAAUGUGAACCAUUAGAUCAUAUAAUGCGAGAUGUAAUCUGAGCCGUCGGAUGAUAAGAGAAAUCUG